UCUGCUGCGGCCCUGUAGGCCAACCUGACCGUCCACAUGAGGUUCGCGUUGCUGUUUGUUUUGAACGCGUCGUCGUCUCCGCUCCUGGAAAUAAACGAUCUCUGUUCUUACUACUGUAAGAACAAAACGACGGGACAGUUUGUUUUAACUUAGCCAGAGCUGUUUUUACACUUACGACUGCGCCCCAACGUGUUCGGUGGUCUGCUAGCAGCAGCAGCAGGUGUGGAGAAGGUGGGUGUUAAGGAAAAUAAAAGCUCCAGAUAUCGUAGGAGGAUGUGGGAAAGAUUUUGAGGACUUGGGACUAACGAUGCCACCAGACCAGAUGAACCAGGAAGACAUGUUGGCAAAGCUGAAAAAGGAUGUUCGUUCUUUGCUCAUUUCAUCCAAAUUGGGCUUGGAGCCUGAGCAGCUCAGGCGGGACUACGUGUCCAUGUUGGGGCAUCCCAUGCCCCUGAAAGUCUUGGGCUUCAGAAACAUCAUGGAAAUGGUUAAGGAGAUGCCUGAUGUUGUUUCAGUUAACUUCAGGCCAGAUGGCAGCAUCUUCUUAAGGGCUGUUGGUGACGAGUCCACCCAAAACAUUGAGGAGCUGGUAGCUAAGCAACGCGUAUCUAAGGCUGACAAGAAGUUCAAGGGAGGGGGUUUCAGCAACUUUGCGCCCCGCCACUGUCAUUCGUCUCCUCCUGUGGUCCUUCCCAGAAGAGGUCGUGCUCCUCUGGCUGUUCCUGUCCAGCUGAGGGCGCAGCUCCGCAUACUCCUCUCCCAGGGUCCACUUCGGUUAUCAGACCUGGAGGCCUGCUUCCUGCGUUGCUUUGGCCACCCGCUGCGUGCCCACAACUACGGCUUCUACUCCACUGGAGAAAUGCUGGAGGCAGUGGCGGACCUGGUUCUUAUCCAGCAGGGUAGGCUGGGCUCUGUUUUGAGCCUGAGGGAACCUCUGCUGCCCACGCUGAUGUGGAAACCGACCAGCUUGCCAAUAAGGACUAGACCUAUAAAGUCAGGGUGGCCUCGACCUGACAAGGCAGCCACCAAAGGGCCAGAGACAAAAACGCAGGCACCGGCAAAACCCCCAGCUGAGGUCCCAGUGAAGCAGUCUCCUCUGAGCGAGCCCUCUACCAAGACCAUGUCAGACUCUGUCCAUAAAGAGUCAACAGAUGUCAGUAACAAGGCAGAGAUGGUCGAGAAGAACCAGGGAGCAGAUCCAGAGAUCUGCCGGGAAGGUCAGCUGUUUCAGAAACGUGUCCUCGAGCUGGAGGAGGAGCUUCGCCAGCAAAUCAUGCAGAAUGGAGUCGCUGGGACAAUUAGACCUGAGCUGAAGGACAAACUACGCAAGGUUGUAGGUCAGACCAGUGGUGGAUUAUCGGUCCACGAUCUGCCUGCUGAGUACAAGAGACUUUUUGGUGAAGACUUGCCACUCCAACAGAGCGGCUUUGUCAGUGUUACUGAACUGGUCGGCGCCAUGAGUGACACUUUCCACCUGAAACCUGCAGAACACAACACCGGACAGCACUGGAUAGUCAUGGACAUACAGGACAGUGACAUUAAACAAUCAGGUUCAGUGGAGACUGACAGUUCGGCUGACGGUGUGAAGCACCCAUUUACGAGCUACUACUUCAGCUGUGGAGAGUCUCCCUGGGAAGGCAAGCUGAACGGACACGAUGAUGAUGUCGCAGCAGAUGACAAAAAUGAGGACCUGGAGACCAGUAACAAUUGCAAGACCCAUGAAAUAGUGUCAGAGAUCUACCCUGCCAUUAAGGUGUAUUGCAGCUCUGCGGUGCCCCUGGACGCCCUGCAGAAUCAGCGUCUGAAACAGCCGACGCGCCAUGGUCCUCGAGAACUGGUAGAGGUCCUGGUGGAGCAGGUGGAGUCGCCUGGACAUUUCCACGUCCGCUUCAGCGAGAGUGAGGAGGCCCGAGCUCUGGAGGACAUGAUGAUUGAGAUGAGACAAUGUUACACCUGUCCUGAGGUGUCAGACCGCUACCGCCUUCCUGAUCGGUUUGUUCGACGGGGUCAGGUCUGCUGCGUGUCACCCAAAGGAAUGUGGUUCUACCGUGUGGUUAUCCAUCAGAUCAUCAGCCCCACUCAGGUUAAAGUGUACUACGUCGACUUUGGUGACAUGACGGUGGUACAGACCGCCAGACUCAAGUUCCUCAAGUCGUGUUAUUCGGUUCUUCCUGCACAAGCUGUUCCAUCAUCACUUGCUGGACUUAAACCCACCAGUGGAAGCUGGACUGCUGAGGCCACUGCUUCUUUCCGCAAGCUGUGCUCUGACCGCACCCUGGUGGGCGCUUUGGAUUGUUACACUGGAGAUGUGCUGCAGCUCUACCUGUGUGACACACAGACUGAUAAAGAUAUGUACAUCCACACUGUUCUGCUGAGCCAGGGCCACGGGACAGCUUGCAGUCCUGCAGCCAGUGCAGCACUUUGUGUCCCGGUCGGCCCAGUGAGUCUCUACCUGGGGGACGGAAUGAUUGACCUGCCAGAGCUUGAAGAAGAGACCACUUACUCCCCCGAGUCAGCAAGCACACUCGAACAGUCCAUGUUGACUUCACCACAGGAAACAGGAAGUUUCUUGGCAUCUCAGGUUGAAGAGGAGGAGCAAAAGCUUCCCGCCCUUGAGUUUAUUGAGGACCAUGAGGUCAGCCAUCACCUCCAGGUUAAGGACACCAACCUGUUCAGUCCUCUGCUAAAUGACCAAAUCCUCGGUUGUGCUGAACUAGGCUGUUCCUUGUCCAACAAAUCCCCCCCUACCAGUCCGUCCAGCAGUGCGACCGCCAGCCCUUUCACCCCUCCUGAUUUGAUCCAGACUGAGACAACCCCACCUCAGCAUGAAGCUGAUCUUAAAACACAGAGCGUGACUCCUCCGCCUGCUCCAUCCAGCAUUAAUUCCACCCCCUGUUGUCGGACAACAGUAGAGGAGGAGAACAAGGUCGCUGUGCCCCUUUUGGUCGCACCACCUCCAAAACCGAGGACCCUGAGCCUCCACACCCUUGACCUGGGCCAGGGUACAUGUACACACAUAGCAGUUUAUCCUUUUUUUCAGGAAGGACACAAUGCUCACAUAAAUCAAGUCGUUGAAUCCAGUCAUUUUUCUUUUCUGUAAUUUUCUUGCAACAAUAUUGGCACUACAUGUUUUUGUGCCAGUGUUAUGUCCAGCAGAUUUCACAUCAGGUUAAGCAAAAUGCUUUGUUACGUGGUGAAAAUAUGAACAUUUGUUUAAAUCCUCAAUCAUUAGUAGUCAUUGUUUUCUCCAAAUUGUACAAAGAUAAAACUGUGGAAAGUUCUGUUGUACA